CGGCCGUCCCGGGACCCGGUGGAGGGCCGGCAUGACGGGCUGGCCGGGGGCCUGCCGUGCGCUCGGCACCCUCCGGAGACGCGCGCCGAGCCCGGCUCCCACGGCCUGGGAGGCUCGGCGGGGCUGUGGCAGCCCGGCGGGCGGGCUCUGGAGCCUUCCAACGCAGCGUUAACCUCGCCGCACGGCCGGGAUCGCAGCUCCAGGCUGCUCUGGAGAAGCUGAGAAGCCCGAGGAGUCCUGUUAACUCAAGGGCUACGGAACUGCUACUCCCGUCCGGCUUGAGUGAGCGUCCGAACUCCCCGGAGCACGUCAGCAUCCAGCACCGCGGCGCUCUCCCCGCAGCACAGGACUGAGGACUGCCCCUUUGGCGAGACGGAUGGAAACCGAGCUCCUCCGAGGACCUGCCCCUCCAGUUCUGGUUCGCGCGGCUCCGGUCACCACCGCGAACAAGGGACCCUAAAGAAUGGCCGAGCCUUGGGGGAACGAGCUGGCGUCCGCAGCUGCCAGGGGGGACCUAGAGCAACUAACUAGUUUGUUGCAAAAUAAUGUAAACGUCAAUGCACGAAAUGGAUUUGGAAGGACCGCGCUGCAGGUUAUGAAACUUGGAAAUCCCGAGAUUGCCAGGAGACUACUACUUAGAGGUGCUAAUCCAGAUUUGAAAGACCAAACUGGUUUCGCUGUCAUUCAUGAUGCGGCCCGAGAAGGUUUCCUGGACACUUUACAGACUUUGCUGGAGUUUCAAGCUGAUGUUAACAUCGAAGAUAAUGAAGGGAACUUGCCAUUGCACUUGGCUGCCAAAGAAGGUCACUUUCCAGUGGUGGAGUUCCUGGUGAAGCACACGGCCAGCAAAGUGGGGCAUCGGAACCAUGAGGGGGAUACUGCCUGCGACUUAGCCAGGCUUUAUGGCAAGAACGAGGUCGUUAGCUUGCUGGAGGCAAAUGGGGUGGAGGGACCCGAAAGUGUGCAGUAAAUAAGGAGAGGGCUUUCCGAGGUUGCCUCUGCUUUGUCAGUUAAUUUGGCUGGCCAUGCUGUUUUAAUACCGUUUAUUAAAAUACGGUUUUGUCACAUUAUACGCAGCUAGUUAAAUAGUAAGAAACUGCCUAAGUGGUAAUCUUUUAAGCAACACCUUUUUCACCUGCAAAAUCCUGAGAUCUAACAUGUAAUUGCAAAUAGCCUUGGCUUUCUUCUGAAUAUUUUAUCUUUCUUUUGAUUCUUCCCCCCUUGCUCUACCCUUUGCCAAUCUCAAUAACCAACUUGGAAACUUUGUUUUUAAAAUGGCUUGUUCUGAUGCUUCUUUUAUCUAAUUAAAACACUUUUUCAGAACA